UUAGUAUCCCCCUCGUGAUUCCUACAAGUCUCUGAUUAUACUUAUAGAGAGCGAGUAUGAAGAAGAAGACAGCAACAAUGGAGAUCACCAUUAACGAGAAGAAGAUAUUCUCGAGACAAUCUUCUUCAUUCAGGCUACGAAGUCCGAGUCUAAACGCUCUCCGUCUCCAACGUAUCUUCGACCUAUUCGACAAAAACAGCGACGGAUUCAUCGCCGUCGAAGAACUGAGUCAAGCCCUCUCACGACUUGGUCUCGACGCGGAUAUCUCGGACCUCAAACCAACCAUCGAAUCUUACAUCAAACCGGACGAAACCGGACUCCGGUUCGAAGACUUCGCAGCACUCCACAGAACACUAGACGAGUCCUUCUUUGCAGGAGACUGCGAGUGCGACGGAUCUCCAGAAUCAGAUCUAGAAGAAGCCUUCAAAGUGUUUGACCAAGACGGUGACGGGUUUAUCUCCGCCGUGGAGUUGCAAAAUGUUUUGAAGAAGCUAGGGCUUCCUGAAGCAGGAGAGAUCGAACAAGUGGAGAAGAUGAUUGUCUCCGUUGAUAGCAAUCACGAUGGUCGCGUUGACUUUUUUGAAUUCAAGAACAUGAUGCAAACUGUUCUUGUCCCUUCCUCUUGAAACUUUCUCGUUUGAUUUGUUUCUUUGAAAGAAAAACAAUUUCAAGAUGAAUCUUGUGUAAUGUUUGAUUCCAAGAAAAUCAAAUUAAUGUUCUGCUU